GCUUCUCAAAUCCCGUGGAAAACUUGGUUCUCUCUGAUCUCUCUGUCACACACACACACGCACACAUGGAAGCCAAAGAUCACACUCAGGAUGGCUCGGUCGAUCUUCGGGGACGUCCAGUACUUGCCUCUCGAACUGGGAAAUGGAAGGCCUGUGCCUUUCUUGUAGGUUAUGAAGCGUUUGAGAGGAUGGCUUUCUAUGGAAUAGCUUCAAAUUUAGUGAAUUACUUGACAACCCAGCUUCAUGAGGACACAGUUUCUUCGGUGAGAAAUGUAAAUAACUGGUCUGGAUCAGUGUGGAUAACACCUCUCUUGGGCGCUUACAUUGCAGACUCUUACGUGGGUCGGUUUUGGACCUUCACUGUCUCAUCCCUUGUUUAUGUUCUGGGAAUGGUACUCUUGACAAUGGCAGUCUCCCUUAAAUCCUUGAAGCCAACUUGUGCAAAUAAUAUCUGCAAUAAGGCUUCAGCUUCCCAAAUCACAUACUUCUAUGCAGCACUCUACAUAAUAGCAAUUGGAGCAGGUGGAACAAAGCCCAAUAUAUCCACAUUUGGUGCAGACCAAUUUGAUGAUUUCAAUCCUCAUGAGAAGAAGCUCAAAGCCUCGUUCUUUAACUGGUGGAUGUUCAGCUCUUUCUUGGGUGCUCUCUUUGCUACUAUGGGACUUGUCUACAUCCAAGAGAACUUAGGCUGGGGAUUGGGAUAUGGAAUCCCUACUGUGGGUCUUAUGGUAUCACUCUUCAUCUUCUAUAUAGGGACACCAAAUUACAGGCACAAGGCUAGGAAGAGCAAGAACCCUGCAAGGGAUUUAUUCCGAGUUCUGAUCACGGCCUUCAACAAUCGCAAACUCCGGCUCCCUACCGAUCCAUCUCAACUAUGUGAGCUUGAACCACAACAUUACAUGAUCACCGGAAAACGGAGGGUUCAACAUACACCAUCCUUUAGGUUCCUUGACAAAGCUGCCAUCAAAGAAGGCAACAUGGAGAGCUCAACCUCAAAAGAAUCAUGCACUGUUACUCAAGUUGAAGGGACAAAGCUUGUGUUUGGUAUGACCCUUAUCUGGCUAGUCACCUUGAUCCCAAGCACCAUAUGGGCUCAAGUCAACACCCUCUUUGUCAAACAAGGAACAACAUUGGAGAGAAACCUUGGACCCAACUUCCAAAUUCCAGCAGCAUCACUUGGAAGCUUUGUCACUCUCUCCAUGCUAAUCUCUGUGCCCAUGUAUGAUCGUUACUUCGUGCCGAUCAUGCGGCGCAAGACAGGAAACCCUAGAGGGAUCACUCUCCUUCAGAGGCUUGGUAUUGGAUUUGUGAUUCAAGUUGCAGUCACUUUAAUAGCCUAUGCUGUAGAGCUAAAGAGGAUGCAAGUCAUCAAGGAACACGGCAUCGUAGCGGCGAAUGAGAUUGUCCCAAUGAGCAUCUUUUGGCUUCUACCUCAAUACAUCUUAUUAGGGAUGGCAGAUGUGUUUAAUGCUAUUGGGUUACUUGAAUUCUUCUAUGAUCAAUCUCCAGAAGACAUGCAGAGCCUUGGAACCACAUUCUUCACUAGUGGGAUUGGUGUGGGGAACUUCUUGAACAGCUUUUUGGUUACAAUGGUGGAUAAGAUAACUGGCAGGGGUGAGAGGAAAAGCUGGAUUGGAGAUAACUUGAAUGACUCUCACUUGGAUUACUACUAUUGUUUCCUUUUAGUUAUUUCAACCCUAAACUUAGGGGCCUUCUUGUGGGUAUCGAGUAAGUAUAACUAUAAAAUGGAGGUGAUUGAAGGGAUCAAUGGUGAUGCUUCUUUUGUUCCAAUGGAGGGAAGAGCUCUAGACACCUCUCCUUUAGGUUUGCAGGUUUAAGAAGUUGUAAUGUAUGAUAUAUUUGUAAUGCGUAUGACUCUUCUUGUAACUUACAU